AGUUUAUUCAAGUAUUACCCAGGGUGCCAGGAAGAACAGGACCUUUAAAGGGAUUUUUAACCCCUUUAAAAUAUUUAUUGUUCAAUUUAUAGGCUCAGUCUGUCUUCUACACAUUACUGAAGUGGAAAUAAUUUCCUUAUCCUUUUGAAGGACUUGACAAAUUUGCAAGGGUUGUGCAUUCUGCAAAUAUGAAGAAAUAUAUACUUUUGCUUCUUGUGGCUUUGGGUUCUGCUAAGCCUUUCCAAAAUCCUUCAUACUUCACCUUUAAGAAUAUAAUGCUCAUGGAUAUGGAAGACUUGGAUGAUGAUGAUGAUGAUGACAGUGAUGAUAAGGAUGACAAUUCCCUUUUUCCUACCAGAGCACCCUUAAUACCUUUUGACAUAUUUCCAGUAUGUCCCUUUGGAUGUCAGUGUUACUUAAGAGUUGUCCACUGUUCUGAUUUAGGCUUGACUUCUGUACCAUGGAAUUUUCCAUUAGAUACUCGUAUGAUAGAUCUUCAAAACAACAAAAUAAAAGAGAUCAAGGAAAAUGAUCUUAAAGGACUCUCAUCACUAUAUGCCCUUGCCUUGAACAACAACAAAAUAACAAAGAUCCAUCCCAAAGCCUUUCAGUCAACGAAGAAGCUGCGGCGCCUCUACUUGUCCCAUAAUCAUUUAACUCAGAUCCCAGAAAAUCUGCCAAGAAGUUUAGCUGAGAUAAGAAUUCAUGACAAUAAAGUUAAAAAGAUUCAUAAAGACAUAUUUAAAGGAAUGAAGUCUUUACAUGUUUUAGAGAUGAGUGCAAAUCCUCUUGAUAAUGACGGGAUAGAACCUGGGGCUUUUGAAGGUGUGACAGUCUAUCAUAUAAGGAUAGCAGAAGCAAAAUUAACAUCUAUACCAAAAGGGUUGCCAUCCAGUCUACUGGAACUUCACUUAGAUGACAACAGAAUAUCUGCAAUUGAACUUGAAGAUUUCAUUCGAUAUAAAAAUCUUCAGAGGUUGGGUUUGGGAAACAACAAAAUCAAAGAUGUGGAAAAUGGAAGUUUUGCUAAUAUACCAAAUGUUAGAGAAAUUCAUCUAGAAAAGAACAAACUGAAAAAAGUACCUUCCGGUCUUCCAGAUCUAAAAUAUCUACAGGUUGUCUUCCUUCACUCGAAUAGUAUUUCAAAUGUGGGAGUGAAUGAUUUUUGUCCAACAGAAGGAAGGCUGAAGAAAACAUUAUAUAGUGGUAUCAGCUUAUUCAAGAAUCCUGUCAAAUACUGGGAUAUCCAGCCAGCAACUUUUCGUUGUGUACUAAAUAGAAAUAGUGUGCAGAUUGCAAAUUAUGGAAAAUAAAAUAGUACAGGCAAAGUAUCAUUGAAAUAGUAUUAUUAAAACCAGCAUCGCAAUACUUGAAAUUGUUGAAGUCUUUAAAUUAUACUGCCCAAUUUCUUUACAAAAAAUUUACAGUUAUACAAGAUUUAAUAAAUUAGAAACAUAACAUCCCAUUAAAUUCCUUCAUUUAUAUCUCUAUAUUUUCAAUUUGUGUAAUUUAGGAAUCUUUCUAGAAUAAAUGGUUUCUUAGCACAGAAUUGGGUUGUUUCCUGUCACUGAUAUCCACACUAUGUUGCCUUUUUUUGUAGGAGAAAAUAAUGUUGAGGUCUACAACAAUAUUCAGGGGAUUAAACUAAUUAGUUAUGUACUAGAAAGAACUGCUACGUAACUGUAGAGUCCUUGGUGCUCUCUGAGCCUUGUUGUUUUCUUGCAGAUGUUUCAUUGCCAGACUAGGCAACAUCUUCAGUGUGAAGAGGGCGUGGGCCUUGCUCUCUCUUUAUAUACCAUGGGUUGUCCAGCUUGUGUUGGUGGAGGUGUUGUUCUCUCCUUGGGAGUUCUUUGAUUGGGCUGUUGUUUGCUGCUUGGUUGAUUGACUGAGUUAAUAGUUCCUUGA